AUGGACCCUGCCUGGAGUUUGACAACACCUUUCCAUCGGGAACCCUAUCCCACCAUCUCACCCUUGAGACCCGAGAUGAGCCAAACAGGGAAAACAAUUCUCGUCACAGGAGGGAAUGCUGGUAUUGGUUUUGCAAUCAGCAAAGCAUUUCUGCAAGCUUCAGCCGCCAAAGUCAUAAUCCUCGGCCGACGCCCAGGGUUGGUAGGAGACGCCGUGGCCAAACUCGCACCCGAGAAUCAUGAAGCCCAGGUUGUUGGAUUGACCUGCGAUGUUUCAAGCUCCGAGGAGGUCGAUAAACUCUGGAAGAACUUGGAGGAAGAGGGAAGCGUGGUUGACGUCCUGGUACUGAACGCCGUUAAGAUAUCAGACCAAAACCCUAUCCUUGACGUCGGAACUGAGGGGAUAUGGAAGGACUACGAUAUGAACCUACGCGCACAACUUCAGAUGACAGAGAAAUUCUACAAGCAAAAGAAACAAGGUGCCCCCGGACCAAAGCAUCUUAUCAAUGUUUCCUCCUAUGCUAUCCAUGACUGGAAAGUAGCGGCACAAACUCCGGGAUAUGGACUCACCAAGAACGCAGCUGCUCUUGCUAUGCAGCUAAUCGCCCAAGAUGUCCCGCCAGAGAAGAUGCAAAUUGUCAACAUGAACCCCGGCGGUGUGUUCACGCAGAACGCUAAAGAUGCCGGGUAUACGGAGGAUUCUUAUACAUGGAAUAGCCCGGAUCUUCCUGGUCAGUUUUCAGUCUGGCUUGCCUCCCCCGAGGCAAAGUUUUUGCAUGGACGGUUCGUUUGGACUGAAUGGGACGUUGCAGGGUUGAUGAAGGGAGAACUGAGGGAUAGGAUUGACGGAGAUCCUUUCUAUUUGAAGAUUGGGAUACGGGGUCUCUAG